AACUUCCGACUUUGGUAACGAACUUCCUUCUGAAUUUCCGAACUUCAAAAUGAACUUCCGAACUUCAAAGUGCACAAAAUUCAAACUUCUACGCGCGCGGUAAAUUCAAAAUUCGCUCUUCAAGUUAUUUAAGACUCCAUACUGUACAUGGCAUUAAAUCCUUUUACAAAACAAGGGCAAGCUCUUCCAAUAGAAGUAAGGAACAGAAUAAUAUUUCUUUGGCAUGAAGGCCAAAGCCCGUCUCAGAUAGGGUUUAAUUUAAACCUUAAACGCCAAACUGUUAGCAAUAUAAUAAACAAUUUCGUUACUCGGGGGAGUGCAGAAGCUCUUAAAGGUCGCCGUCAACAAAGAAAUUCAAGAACUGACGAUGUUUGUGUACACAUAGAAUUCUGCAAGCAAGCACGACCUAGUAUGUAUGCGAAAGAAAUUCAACAAUCAUUGGUGGAGAAUAACAUAUGUUUACCGCAAAAUGUGCCUUCCCAGUCAUCUGUAAGUCGAUGUGUAAAGUCUGAUUUGGGCUAUUCCUAUAAGAGACUGAAAGUAAUUCCGAGAGAAUCGCUUACUCCACAAGCACAGGACUUGCUGGAGAAUUACUUAGCCGCGGUAUGUGGUGUAAAUAUCAGAACAAUGCAUUUCUUUGAUGAAUGUUCAGUUGUUAAGACAACUGGGAAUAGACAUUAUGGUCAUUCUUGUCUCGGAACAAGAGCACUUGAAGUCCAACGAUAUGCGAGUAAUGCGACUUACACGGUGAACUUGCUCCAUAAUGUGUACGGAGUAGGCCAUGUGAACAUUUUACCUGGUCCAUCUAAUGGCCUCGAACUCUUAAACUUUUUUGCUGAAGCGAUCGAGGAAGAGGACUUUUAUGGCAACCCAAUUUUGAAAGAUGGCGACACAAUUAUAAUGGAUAAUUGUGGAUUUCACCACGCUCGGCAUGUAGAACCUGUUUUAAGGCAUAUGCUAGAGGACCGUGGACUUAGACUAAUUUAUCAGCCACCUUAUCACCCGGAGUACAACACUUGUGAAAUGUGUUUCAGGCACCUUAAGGGAGUUCUUCGCAAACACAGUAGACUUGCAGAGGAACAUACUGAAAUAGCGAUUCUCCACGGUCUCAGUGAAAUUACGGACUCUAUGUCUCGAAACUUUUUCAAAUACUGCGGAUAUACUGACGAUUGAAAGAUAUGAAGGCUACACCUUUUUCAGAAAGUGGACACAGACCAAAAUAAUCCGACCUGUUGAUAGUCCAAAUAUAAUAUAGAAUGUAGUUAUGAUAUGUAAUGUUAUCCAGUGCAAUAAUAUCAAAACCUAACUCUAAAGGUGGAUUUCCACUUGCAACAAAAUAGCUUGCUAGCAAAAUAUUUUCAUAUUUCCUUUUGAAUUUUACCAACAUAAAUAAAUUAGUGCAAC